AUGGACGUCAAUGUUGGCUCCGCCGCCCGUUUCCGCCACCGCAAAUCCUCAUCCACCGAACGAUUUCUCGGUUCCCUCUCAUCUCCGGCCUCCCGCCAUGGAAACCCUAGCUUCAGCUCCACCGCCGCCCCUGUCAACGGAGCCGACGAUGAGAACGAGCUCAACGAGGACGACGUCUUCUGGACCGGCGAUUUCGCUGCCGAAUCCGGCCACCAUACCCACUCCACUCCCUCCUCCUCUUCCUCUUCCACUCCUCGCCACCACAUCCACCACCUUCAGCACAAGGGUUUCCCCCAGCCGGAGACCUUCGGAAUCCUCGCCGCUCUCCCCGAAAACGAGGCCUCGUCCAGUCUCCGCAGCUCUUCCUAUUUCUACCACAAGGCGUCCAUUUCCUCCUCGUCGUCUUCUUCCUCCCCUUCGUCUUCCCGUAUGAUUCCCACCAUUCCGAAACCUCCUCUGGAACGAUUGCCCCUUCCGAUUUCUGCCUCGUUGAAGUACCAGUCGGCCCCGGUGAAUGUGCCGAUAAUGUCGAAGCCGGUUCAGAGACACCAGGAGUUGGACGUGGAUGACAUUGAUGAAGGAGAUGGUGAGAUGUUGCCGCCGCACGAGWUUGUGGCCAGAAGUUUGGCCCAAUCGCCAUUGUUGUCAUGCUCAGUGCUCGAGGGCGCAGGAAGGACGUUAAAGGGCAGGGAUCUCCGCCAGGUUCGCAACGCAGUUUGGAGACGAACAGGUUUUCUUGAUUGA